UCCUAUUUUUAUGAUUUUGUUUUUGUUUGAGCAUUUCAAAAAUUCAAAUAGUAUUGCUGCUGUUGCACUUUCUAUGUGUUUGUAUGAGAGUUUCAGUUCGCUGACUGCUGUCAUGAAAUGUUUUACAUCAGUAUUUAAUUUACAGUUGCAAUUUCUCUUUCCAUUAAUGGUUUGGAUUUCCCGGUCCCUGUACUCCGAAAUUUCGUGAAGCUCUCAGAAACAGUUUAUUACGAGCUCGAAUGCGCAGAGCACUUUUUCCGUACCAUUUUCAAUCUAAUGUCCAAAAAUGAUGUUCGGCUUGUUCCUGUGCUUGGCAUCCCUUUCCAGUCGUCCAGCGUUAUUAUACGCAGUGGAAGAAUCUUGCACGGCAGACUCAUGCAUGAAAUCGUCGCGAUUCAUGCUGUACGAAGUCAAUCCCGGCGAAGGAUUCAAUUUACGGCGCGAUGUGUUUGUGCGUGCCGCUGUAUUUGUGCACAUGUUGAACGAACUGGAUGAUCGCAGCUCCUGGGCACUGGUUCUUCCGCCUUGGGGACCGUUGUACCAUUGGAAGAGGAAGGAUUUACGUCAGGAUGCACUGCAUUGGUCCUUGUUUUUCGAUAUCGACAGUAUCCGCCGGUUCGUUCCUGUUAUGGAAUUCGACGAUUAUCUGGCUGACAGAAAGCUGCCAGUUAUUGAUGAGGUAUUUUAUCUGAUGAGCCAUAAUUUUGACGAAGUAGAUCUACAGAGUGAAUGGUUGCUUAACGAAACGAAAUGCAGUGAUGUGGCCGGAUUGCCGUAUUUCUUUGAGGCAAAAAAUGUUAUCCGCGGUUGGUUCUGGGAUUAUGACGGAAUUUAUACAAAACGGUUACGAUGUUUCAAAGCACUGGGACCAGCUGGGAAAAUUAUUACGCGAUUACUAGCCAAAACCGAUGUGACAGACAAAGCCGUUAUGUUUGAUCGUUUUGAAACUGUUCUUCAUGACCAUUACGGAAGCGAGAACUACUGGAAGGCUCGCCGGAGUAUGCGUUUCUCCAAACGUUUGAUUAAUCUGGGCAACGAAUUUCGAGAAAAUAAUCUGAACUCAUCAGAUGAGCGCGAUAUUACGAUUACACCUGACAGCUGGGAGAUUCAAAAGAGUCCAGUAGCAUUUGGGGGUCCGUUUGUCUGUGCUCAUCUACGAAGACAGGAUUAUCUACGUGCCCAUGCCGAUGAAGUUCCAUCGGUGAGGGAAGCUGCUCUGCAGUUGCGAAAGAUUCUGCGGAUGCAAAACAUAUCGGUGGUGUUUUUAGCCACUGAUGGUACGAAAGAUGAGGUUAGGGAGCUUAAGCAGAAUUUGCCCGGCAUUACGGUGUGGACAUACAAUCCCUCUCAGCAGUUGCUGAGCACUAUAAAGGAAGGUGGAGCUGCUAUUGUUGAGCAGUGGAUUUGUGCGCAUGCCCGAUUUUUCAUUGGUUCUCACGAAUCGACGUUUUCCUUUCGGAUCCAGGAGGAGCGGGAAAUCCUGGGAUUUGAUCCAGCUACCACAUUUAACCGCUUCUGCAAAACUUUUGAGUCUUCCUGUGAACAACCGGCUAAAUGGCGUGUGAUUUACUGACACUAAAUGUAGAAUAUAAGUUUAAAUAAGUUGUAACUGAUACACAUAAUUAAGCCUGGAAUCUGGAAUAUCAUCUUAAUUAUUCGCGACUGUGAUAGAAAUUUCGAUUUGUUUUUGCGGUGCUACGCACAGUUGUGAUCUGUAGACUGAUACGCGUACAUACUUCUAUUCAAGUAUUCAGUUUGACUGUUUUGAUCUGCUGACUUUUACUUGUUGUUGGUUGUUAUGUAAUCAUUUUGUUGCAGUUUUACACUGUUGUCGUUUUAACCUUGCCAAGCGACAGGAAGGUGCAAGUCUAGAAUUCGUUAU